UCAGUUCAACUAUUGCACGCUUCUAAUAACUACAUUGCUGUGAAACUAUAAGUCUAGAAAAUGUUUAUAGAACUAUCAAUAACAAUUCUGGUACUCUAUAUAUUCUGGAGAUGGCACAUAAACUCAAUUUUAGAUGGUUUAAAAUCAUUAAAAGGCCCAGAAUCGUACCCAUUUAUUGGAUCUCUUGUGAUUUGUUAUCCUGUGUCCAAUCUUUUGGCGAGAAUAGGACAAAUGUGUGAUAUUUACGGCCAAACUUAUAAAAUGACCAUCCCGUGGACGGCUGGUAUUGUCACAAUUGAUCUAGACCUGGUGGAAUUUAUCCUUACCUCGCAAGCAACCAUUAAUAAAAGUAUUCUUUACAUUUUCUUAAAAGAAUGGCUGGGUGACGGUCUGCUUCUAAGCAAGUCAGCAAAAUGGCGUCUAAGAAGAAAAACAAUCACACCUACCUUUCAUUUCAAAGUUUUAGACCAAUUCGUGCAUGUCUUUAAUAAAAACAAUCAAAUACUUGUCCAACAAUUGCAGAAAUCAAUUGAUAAACAAAAUGGUGAUGGUGUGGUAAACAUAGCACACUUUGUGACCUUAGCAGCGAUGGAUAACAUUGUAGAAACCGCAAUGGGUACUAGUAUGAAUUCACAACUCAAUGAUCAAUCAGACUACGUGUGGGCUACCAAGUUUAUGACGGCAAAUGUGUACGAUCAUAUUGUAAAUCCUAUAACUUAUCUAAAAGCAACCUAUAUUUUCACACCAACUUACUGGAAGGAAAGGAAAGCCCUAAAGAUUUUAAAAAACUACACCAUGUCCUUAAUUAAAACCAAACGUGAAGCCUUAAGCAAUCAUAAUAACACUAUUACGGAAAACAUUCAUUCCGAUACAGACAUUAAUUUGGAUGAUGAACAUUUUGGUAUAAAGAAGAAAACAGCUUUCCUUGAUUUACUCCUCCAAACGACCAUUGAUGGUAAACCUCUGAGUGAUGAAGACAUCAUGGAAGAAGUUGACACCUUCAUGUUUGAAGGACACGACACAGUGAGCGCAGCAAUAUCUUUUACCUUAUUCUGCAUUGCUCAACAUCCUGGCGUUCAAUCUAAAAUAAUUGAAGAACAACGCAGUAUAUUUGCCAACGAACCAGAUAGAGAUGUCACGAGUGAAGAUUUAAAAGACAUGCAUUACUUAGAAAUGGUUAUUAAAGAGGGUCUCAGAUUAUAUCCGUCUGUACCUGGCAUUGCUCGCAAUGUUUGCGAAGAUUUCCACUACAAAGACAUUCAUGUACGCAAGGGCACGACAAUUUGUAUUCCAAUUUUUAAAAUUCAUAAAGACCCUGCAAAUUUCAACGAUCCAGAGAUGUUUAUGCCUGAACGCUUCUUACCGACUGAGCAAAGCACUCGCCAUGCUUUUGCAUUCUUGCCAUUCAGUGCUGGGCAUCGGAAUUGUAUUGGUCAACGAUUUGCAAUGAUGGAGAUGAAGGCUACCAUUAGCAAGGUGUGCAGACAUUUUGAGUUGGGUAUGACAAAUCCACCUCACAAGUGUAUUCUUCCAUCGGCAAUUGUUUUAAUGUCAACCAAUGGAGUUAACAUUACAAUGAAAAGAAGAAUAUGGUAAAAAUUGUAUCAAAAUAAAAUAAUUUCUUGUAGUAACAUGUAAUAAAUUAUUAACUAUAAACAAUAAGGGAAAGAGAAAUUUCGAACAUAUUUUAAGGUUUUUAAAGAUAAUAAAAUGUAUUUUGCUGGAUAUAUAAAUUUAUUAAAGUAUA